AUGUACACACUCUCUGCGCCUGAGAAGCCGGCUUUGUAUACGCGUCUGGUGUUUAUAGCUCCUUGGCAAAUCCUGUUCUCUGUAAUUCGAGUGUUGGUCAUCACUCAAAUUCGACGGAUCCCAGCGUCUUUGUUCCUCGUGUCUGCCAUUCUAAAGGUUGUCCUAGGGACUCUCUCCUCGCGUCAAAUCCAGCACUUGUCCCCUUCUACAAGAGAAACAUACAAGUUGUGGAUACAGAAGAAGAAAGCAGCGGAAACUGACCUAGCCACGACGAAUAUGCUUUCUUAUGAUAUAGAAUUCUUGGAGUCUGAUGCAACACUUCUAUGGGUCGGAAGUCGCCAUGUGGCUAAAAAGGUCGACCUGUUCUUUCAUGGCGGAGGAUAUGUUGCGCCAUUACUCCCCGGCCAUUUGGAAUGGUGUUGGAGGACGUAUGUAGCUGCAGGCCGGGAGACGGACACCGAAGUGGCAGUGGCUGUUUUGGAAUAUCAACUGUGUCCUGGCGCAAAGUACCCCGAGCAACUGCGCCAGGCCGUAACAGCCCUUUCACAUAUCUUAGGUCGAAACUUCCACCCAAGAAAUGUUAUUAUCGGCGGGGAUUCGGCAGGCGGGAAUCUGGCCGCGCAGGUACUCUGCCAUCUUGUUGAGCCACAUCCAUCAAUCCCGGAAUUGGUCAUAUCUGAGCCUCUGGGAGGUGCAUUUCUCGUGUCUCCGUGGCUGAGCCAAUCUACGAGGGAUCCUUCAUUCUUUAAGAAUUCAUCGAUCGACAUACUUUCGGCGAAAACGGUGGACAAAUCAACAAGAGAGCUAUUUCCAAACGGACAUGGCUAUCUAAGCAAGUUUGCUUUUCCCCUUGACCGGGAUAGGGUCUGGCUGAAAAGACUUGGUUCAGUCUUAAGUCAUAUGUACGUUACGGUGGGAAGUCACGAGGUGUUCCUGAAUCAAGUGGAAGUAUUUGUUGAUGAGUUACGGCGCGCGGAGUGUAUGUCGUCACUACAGUUUGACUUGCAGACAAGACAGGCGCGUGACUUUAUCUUGCUUGAGAGCCAGAGAAAUGAUGAUGGGGAAUGUAUUCAGUCUAUGAGAACAUGGAUGAGAGAAUGGUUGAUGAAGAAGAUUUGA